AUGUCACCUGACAAAAACUUCUUAUUUAUAUCUGUUGUAUUGGCUGCAUGUUCCGCGUCAACAGUGAAUCGAAUGAGAACAUCUUUUGCGAGAAAUAACAAGAAAUCAUCUCUUCAAUAUGAGAAAGCAAGAAUAUGCGAGGCAGAAGAUUGCCGAGAGAUAUCGGAGAUGUACAUCGAGGCGAUGAAUAAACACGCUGACCCAUGUCAAAACUUUUACGAGUUUGUCUGCGGUGGAUGGGCAGCUAAGGAUCCAAUGCCAGAAUAUGCCACCAUGUGGAAUCGGUUCGAGCGGAUGGCGUCGACUAUCGAAAAAUAUCGCAAAGAGAUGCUGGAGACCCCAUCUGAAGUCACCGAUAUCCGUCCCAUUCGACAAGCGAAGAAGUUCUACCAAUCAUGCAUGAACAAGGAUGCUCGUGAAGCAAGAGGAAUUGAGACAAUCGCAUCAAUUAUCAGGAGCAAUGGUGGCUGGCCGAUGGCUAUGAGACUUAGAGACUGGAGGGAAAAUGCCCAUUCGUGGCAAGAAGUUGACGGAAAUUUUGUUGGUUUGGGGGCAGAUUAUGCAUUCUACGACAUCAAACCUUCAAUAGAGAGAAACGGAGACUUGGGUAGCCGGAGGGUCCUCAUGAGAGCACCAGCAGACGCUAAUCUACCGCACUUCAGAGACAAUUAUAGGGACUAUCGAUCGAUGCUGAUCCCUAUUGUUGAAGCAUUCAUUCGUAACCGGACUGAUAUUUCUGAUGAACAAUUAGAAACGGAUAUUCAUGACCUGUUCAUGUUUGACCGAAAAUUGAGAGAGGCGAGACGGACGAGCAAUCCUAUAAAUCUAGAGGAAAUGAAUCUCCGUGAACUCAGCUCUUGGUGGAAUCACGCGACCGAUUCAUCAACUACGGAUCCAAAUGCUGAGAUCGAUUGGACCAAAGUCAUUCAGUGUUUGUUCGAUUUUGAAGGAAUUAAGGCACAAGGCAAUUUGCAUAUAAAAUUUGAGGAGGAGUACUACUAUUCGUUACGAGAAUUGUGGUCUUUCACCAGGGAACGGACGAUUGGUAAUGUUCACUAG